AUGCCGAGCCGUGCCGAUGCACGCUUCUUGACCCAGCACAUGCUGCGCUUUCUGCGCAACUCUCGCCAUCUCCGCAACGCCCAUCUCGGCUAUAUUCGUGUGGACGAGCUGAAGCACAUGCUGGAGUGGCGGAUCGGCGGUCUCGACGCGAUUCUGUGCGACCCGGAUGGCCGGAUGCCCGCCGAGUUGCUGACCGUCGUCCAGGAGAUGCUCAAUCAGUGGAAAAGCGGAAAACGAACUCUCCGUCAAGUCCGAAUCGACUUCCCCUAUCGGCUGCCACUCGACCCAAGGCUUGCUGUUACUUGCCUCGGGCCCGAUUAUCUCCUCAAGCACGUCGACGGUAUGGCAGCCGGAUGCGAAGAGCUGUCGACGUCGGUCGAAUCGGCGGGCACGCUGCGCGGGCCCGCAGCUGCCAUCGAACUCGCCAAGCCGCAGGUGAUUAAGAAGACCCUCUGCAACGACGUCAAGGAAAUGGCCACCGUGCCCGGAUUCGACUUUUAUCGACAGAUCCCGGUGCCGCAAGACGAGUUCGGCCCGGUGAUCGAGACGUGCGGCGCCAUGUUGCGGCGCAUCGCCGCCGACGCCAACAGCAAGAUCACCGUCAAGGAGAAUGAAAGCAGCUGCGGCGCCGCGCGUAUCGCCCACGUCUGGUCCCGAACGGAGGCCGACCUCGAAACGGCGACGUCGGCCUUCCACCAAUUCUGCAAGGAACGGUCGCGCAGCAGCCAGGUUGGCACCGAGGAGACGCUGUUCGUCGAGGUGCCGAACGCACGCGUCGGCCAAUUCGUCAAGGCCAUUCCGUCGAUUAAAGCCGUCACUGGAGCGGAAAUCCGCCUGGGCGGCAAUUGGGACGACGAGGGCAAGCCGUAUCGCCUCUUCAGCAUCACCGGCACGGCCGACGAGUUCAAGCAGGCCAAGGAGAUUUGCCAGAAGGCGGCCUCCGACAAGCCCUACAUCCCCACCGCCGAGCAGCUCGCCCAGCUGACAGUUGAGACGGUUGAGCUGAAUCCGUGGGCUGGCAACGCGCCCUCGGCAGUGCAGCCACGUGCCCUUCUGCCGCCGUGGCUGAACGACAUGCAGCCGGUUCCGCUCAAUUUCCGCAGCCCGUCAGCGGAUCAAUACGGCCCACAACCCGACAACGCUCACAAGUGGCUCGAAUACUACCGGAAGGUCGGCCUCGUCGAUCACCGUGUCAUUGACGCUCUCAUCAAGGGUCGCGGCUGGAAGCAA